AUGAAGAAACAACAACAAACAUACAUCGUGAUAUCAAUCAAGAGGAUGAUGAACUGCUUGACGAUGAUUUUGUUGGAGGUACUAAUCCCUACGUGUAUCUCUCAUUAUGAAGGUGAGCUUGAUUUCGAUUUUAGUUCUCAAGAAAGUACAGACUCUGAACUUGAAGCGGACAAUGUAGAGGUUCAUGCUACACCAGCCAAUGAUCAGAUUUGCCAGAGUAUCUUGAUGAGGGCGAUCCAGAUUACUCAUGCUCUCAUUGUGGUGCUAUUAUGUGGUUUGGCGAAAGGUCAAGUUCAGUUGCCAUUACUAAAAGAACCACCAUUGGUGCUGAAAAAGCUGAUGGAAGGAGAUGACAUACUAAACAAGCAUUUCCAGAAGAAUAUGAGGCCUUAUAACAUGGCUUUCUCAUUUAUUUCCCUUGGGGGAAAAGUUGAAAGAUCAGUUGAGAAGGGCAUAGGACCUUCUAUGUUUCAGCUUCAAGGAGAAAAUUAUCAUCUAAUGGGAAGUCUACAACCAAAUGAUGGAAAUGAAGCCAAGUUUGGUCAGCUAUAUAUAGUAGACACUGAACAUGAAGUUGAAAAUAGAGUGAACUGUUUGAGGACAGAUCCUGAUGAUGCGUUUCACAUGCGUAUUGUGAGUGAUCGCUUACAGGAUGGAAGAACUUAUAAUACUCCCACGGCUACUGAAGUUGCCACACUCAUUCCUGGUGAUUUUAAUCUAGAUAUGAAUAACAGAGAUAUUGUUCUUCAGCAACAAUCAGGAAAGCUUCUAAGGAUAAACGAGAUUCAUGCUUCUUACCUUGCACUGCAGUAUCCUCUAUUGUUUACUUAUGGAGAAGACGGAUUCAGACUGGGUAUUAAAAAAGGUGUCACAGCAGCAACAAAAAAACUAAAGAAGCCUAAUAUCAGUAUGAGACAAUUCUUUGCUUAUCGUCUUCAUGAGCGUAAGAAUGAGUCCCACUGUCUCUUACAUUCUAGGCGACUCUUUCAGCAAUUCAUCGUUGAUGCCUUUACAACUAUUGAGUCAAACCGCUUACGAUAUUUGAAGUUCAACCAGUCUACUCUACGGUCUGAUAGUUAUGAUUCUAUAAAGGAGUCUGAAAAUGCUGGAAGGAUUGAUAUGCAUGAGCAAGGGACAGAAUUCAUAUUGCCAGCUUCUUUUGUUGGGAGUCCUAGAUAUAUGAAAAAUAACUACUUGGAUCCUAUGACAAUAUCAAUGUAUACUAUCGAGUUUCAAAAAUGUGGCCUACCCCAUGCCCAUAUUCUCUUAUUUCUCCACCCCACCAGCAAGCUUCCAAACACAGACGACAUUGACAAGAUUAUAUCUGCAGAAGUACCUAACAAGGUGGACGAACCAGAACUCUAUGAUGUGAUUAAAGAUAUGAUGAUUCAUGGUCCUUGUGGAGCUGCUAACAUGAAUUCUCCAUGUAUGAAGAAUGGAUUGUGUUCAAAGUCAUAUCCAAAAGCAUUUGCUGUGAAAACUACAAUUAAUAAAGAAGGGUUUCCUAUUUACAGAAGGCGUGAGCAAUCAGAGAGUUUUGUUGAGAAGAAUGGGGUUAGAUGUGAUAACCGAUAUGUUAUUCCUUACAACAAAAAGCUAUCUCUUCGUUAUAGAGCUCACAUUAAUGUAGAGUGGUGCAAUCAAGCUGGCUCUAUUAAGUACUUAUUUAAGUACAUUAAUAAAGGACAUGAUCGUGUAACAGUUGCUGUUGAACCUCCUGCUCAUAUCCUAGACAGCAUAUUGGCAAAUGCACCUGUCCACCCUCCUGCCAGUACGGAUUCAAAUAUGACUUCAAAUGCCGCCGGAAAUAUUGUUGAUGGCACUGAAGGAAGUCUUGAGAAGAAGAAGAAUGAAAUCAAGGACUUUUUUGAUUGCAGAUAUGUUUCUGCUUGUGAAGGGACUUGGAGAAUUUUCAAGUUUCCAAUUCACUUUAGGUCUGUAUCAGUUGAGAAGCUGAGUUUUCAUUUACCCGGUAAACAAAUAGUUUUCUUCAAGGGGAAGGAUAAACUGAAAGCUGUUGUCACUCGAAAACUCAUCGAGAAUACAAUGUUCCUGGCAUGGUUUGAGCUGAAUAAGAUUGAUGAUCUUGCGAAAACUCUGACCUAUGCGCAGAUACCUAACUUCAUUACAUAUAACAAGAAGCAGAAGAAGUGGAUCAGGCGAAAAAGAGGUUUUAGCAUUGGGAGGAUUAACUAUGCUCCGCGGAAACAGGAAGAUGCUUACUUUUUGCGUGUGUUGUUGAACAUCGUUAAAGGUCCAACCAGUUACGAAGCCUUUAAAACAUAUGAUGGUGUUCUUUACCCUAGCUACAAGGCAGCAUGUUUUGCUCGUGGGUUACUAGAUGAUGAUCAAGAGUACAUAGAUGAUAUUUUAAGGAGAAGUUAUGAAAGCACAGCAAUUUAUCUAUGCCAGAGGUUGUUUGGGAACAUACAUGGGAGCGCCUUUCAUAAGAUAUUGAGUAUAACCGAAGAAAAUACUUCAAACGACCAGGGAAAAUUCGAGACUAUGCCAAAACUGCCAAAGACAAGGACCCAGGAUUCAAAUGUCUUGAUACUGGAUGAGAGAAACUAUUCACCUGAGUCGCUGCUACAAACUUUUGAUCAAGACUGUCGUAAAAUGACAGACGAGCAAAAAAAAGUAUAUGAUGAGAUACUUUCGGCUGUGGAUGAUGGAAUUGGUGGAAUUGGCAUUGCUUCGUUGUUGUUGCAAGGUGGUAGGACUGCUCAUUCAAGAUUUGGGAUUCCACUAAUUCCCGAUGAAUUUUCUUCGUGUACUAUAUCGCAUGGAUCUGAUCAGGCUAAUUUAGUGAAGGAGUCGUCACUCAUUAUAUGGGACGAAGCACCAAUGAUGAGCCAGUUUUGUUUUGAAGCACUUGAUAGAAGCUUGUCUGAUAUCAUGGGCAACAAUAGUGUCAAUCCCUUUGGUGGAAAAGUAAUUGUUUUUGGGGGUGAUUUUAGGCAGGUUCUCCCUGUAAUUAAUGGAGCUGGAAGGGCCGAAAUUGUGUUGGGGGCGCUGAAUUCAUCAUAUCUUUGGGAACACUGCAAAGUGCUUAAACUCACAAAGAAUAUGCGAUUGUUAUCAGAUUGUUUGUCAGUUGAAGAAGCAAAGGAUCUUAAGGAGUUUUCAGAGUGGAUACUGAAAAUUGGGGAUGGAAAAGUUAACGAGCCUAAUGAUGGCGAAGCAGAGAUUGAAAUUCCUUCUCAGUUUUUGAUUAUUGACGCAGACGAACCUAUAGAAGCAAUCAGCAAAGCUGUUUACGGUGAUUCUAUUUCCCUUCAAGAAAACAAGGACCCUAAGUUUUUCCAAGAAAGAGCUAUUUUGUGUCCAACAAAUGAGGAUGUUAAUAUGAUUAACGAGUACAUGCUGGAUAGACUUGCUGGUGAUGAGAAGAUCUAUAUUAGUGCUGAUAGUAUAGAUCCAUCAGAUAAAAUUUCUGUAAACAAUGAAGCAUUGCGUCCAGACUUCCUUAACACUAUCAAAGUUUCUGGUUUGCCAAACCAUAGCCUUAGACUCAAGGUUGGUUGUCCUGUGAUGGUUUUAAGAAACAUUGAUCCGUCUGCUGGUUUAAUGAAUGGAACAAGACUUCAGAUCACUGAACUAAUGGAUUUUAUGGUUCGAGCAAAGAUUAUAACUGGAGAAAAGGUGGGGCGGACAGUUGAUAUCCCUAGGUUGUCAAUAACACCAUCAGACACAAGAUUACCAUUUAAGAUGCGUAGAAGGGUUACAUCUAAAAUCGGUUUGAAGAUAUUGAUUGUGGACAAAGAUGGGAAACCUCAGACCAAAACUAUGAAUGUUGUGUUCAAAGAGAUAUUCAACAAUCUCUGA